UUGUCUUUCAAUUUCUUGUUUCUUCAAAAAGCGCGAGUGAAAAACGCAUUUCCACGAGACGCAGUGCUAAUUAUAUAUUUUUUUUUAUUAUUUUAACAAAUUGCAAAUACAAUUAUAUAGAAAACUUACAUUAUUUGUGGCAUAAAAGUGCACUUGUUGCAGAACUUGGAGUUUGGAGUGAAAAGACAGACGGUGAUAUUGGUAUGAAUAGCGCCAUCACGACCAUUAAUUUUUAUUGCCUACUUGCUUGACUUCUUCGCUACCUAGCUUCUUGUCCGCGUUCCCGUAUUCCCGUAUAUGUGUUUCGGUGCUUCGUACGUCACUUCAAAUCGCAUUAUAUUGCUUUCGGCCAUUUAUAUUGAGAGUUGACCGCUUUAUUUGCGCACAAACAAGAAUUAUAAUAAGGAAUUGUGCAUAAUUGAUGACGAACAACUGAAAGAAGUGUGUAAACGGAGGACAUUAUUCGAUAGUUUCAUUAUAUUCCAUUUGGCAAAAACAGCAAGAAAGAAUUGUGCACUAGCAAAUUUGCAGCCACUGUGUAACAAAGCAAUUAGAAUAUAUUGCAAAUAACAAUGGCCAAUAAUAAUGCGGCGGCCCAUUACAACAGGAAUGGCGUUGCUGGCAAUAUCAAACUUGGAGGCAAAGAUAGAACUAAUCACGUUGAAAGUGGUGGUGCAGUAAGCAACCUAAACGACGUUUGUAAUUUUCUACAACCAGGAAAUUUAAACUCAGCCUUUAACUUGCCACCAGGCGCUUGUUCUUACGAUCAUCUUGUAGAAAUGAUAAGAGGUCUCGAUCUGCAGGAUGACGGCAUUAAAAUGAAUCAUAAAAUUGGAGCUAUCCGAUCAGACUUCUGUAUGCUAGUACAUGAUGAAAAUAUGUUAUGUGAAUGCAUGGAUUAUAUUAAUGACAAGGCUUUGGCGGACGGUGAGAUGGCAUUGAAAUUCGCCAUGCUCUUUUCAUCGCACAACUUUGACCAACUGGCAAUGAAAGAUGUCAAAAUACGUAGUGCCAUGCUAAAGGUGCUGGAGGCAAAUUAUUUAAAUGCCGAUACAUAUCGUAUCCACGAUAAGGAACGUCUUUACAAUUCUAUUACGCUAUUGGGUGAAUAUUAUAACCGAGUGCGUUUAGCUGACCAAUCGCCAAUUACCAUAUUGGGUAAAUCCUUACUUAGCUUGCUUAUACGCGAAGUUAGCGCACUGGAACCUAUUAAUGUGAAAUUAGCUAAAUUAAUACUAUCACAAAUCACACUAAACGGUGAUAUAAUACGCGUUAAACAUAAAGACGAACUGACACAACUGCUCUACCACAUCAGACGUAAUUUGAUUGAGCAACCGGCAUUAAGUGCCACCGUAAAAGCGUUAUUGCUAAUGACACUCGACCUGUACUAUAGUAAUUUUACAAAUUUGGGUACACAACUCGAACAAAUGUACACAAAAUAUUUAGUACAAGACGUAGAAGAUGAGGGCAAUAACAACGUCAAUGUUGCUAUGCAACCACAAUCACUGCCAGUAUAUGUGCCAGCGCAGCAAGUGCAAUUAGUGCAGCCGCAACCGUUAUCACCACUACCACCUCAGGUUCAGCCGCCACUUAAUACUAGUACAGAUUCAUCGGUGGAGGCACCUACAAAUGCAGUUCUUGAAAAUGAUGAUAGGAAAAAUGAUACACAUGAUUUGUAUGACACACAGCUGUCGACCAAAAAAUGGAGUGAGCAAGUGUGUGAAGAUGCGUUAUAUGAAGGCGAAUUCGGCAAUGAGUUUAAUAGCUAUGAACAGGAAUACAAUGAUAAUGGUGAUGGUGCUAAAGGUUUUGAGACCAAAAAGACUGGGGGCCGCUUAAGUAAUGGAAGUGACAAAUUAAAUUCAUCAGGUGGUAAUACUAGUCGACGUACUGAUGAUGAUAGUUCUAGCCGAAAUGCUAGGCGUUCACAAAAACCACGUAAUUCACCGCGUCCAUUGAAACAUCAGCAAAAUGCCGGUAACGAAAGGGAUGGUCCACAUGAUAACCAGUCGUCAGCGUCACAACAUGAUGAAGAUCAGGAUCAAACAAAACCCCUACCUCGCUGGCGUGCGCCACGUUUUAAUCGAGAGAACGAAUUUCAUAAUAACGAUGGUCCACAAAAUAAUCAACAACGCCGUUUUAGCACCAGUUUCGAUGAUGAUCAGAGUGUGCGCAGCGACGGCGGCAGCAUACGUUUGUACAGCAUAAAUGAUCGUUUGCGACAUUCGCAGGAGAAAAUGGAACGUAGCGGUAGUAAUUUCAACUCAAUUGCCAAUUCAAAUUGGGACAGACAGUCCCAGCAUGCAGACGAUCGCAGUGAACGUUCCUACAUUAGCAACUAUGAGCGUGGCAAUAAUUACCGACGCGGCCACAAUCGUAAUUUUAACAAUCGUCAAACCUAUGAUAAACCACCGCGCUUCCAAAAGCAACAACAUAAAGAUACUAACAUACACAGUAAUUCGUGGCGUCAAUCACGUAACAAUAUCAUGCAUAACUCAUAUCAUGAUGAAAACUCUUCAUAUCGUUCCAAUGGACCCGAAUCGAAUAGUCGCAGUUCGUCGCGCGCCCGCACCCUCCCACGUCCGGGUAAAUCUCGUCAUUUCGAAGACGCCGAUGAGUGUGCUAGCAAUGCGUCAACGUAUCGUCGUAGCCAAAGCCCUUCUACGCAUAAACAACAUCAGCAACAACAGCGCUCACGUAAUUUCAAUCCACGUUAUAGUAGUCAAAGUAGCCUGGCAAGUGAAGCGUCGAGCACAUUUGAUCGUCGUCCGCGCAAUCGCAACUUUCCACGGCAAAACCAACAGCAGCGUCAAGAGCGCUGGGAGGAUACCCAUAGCGUACAUGGCCAACCCGAAGACAGUACAUGGGAUACGAAAAAUGACAACAGCGAACUGGUGCGCAAUGCACGCCAAACUGCCAAGUAUAUGAACUACUUGUCUUCCAAGAAGUGAGAUGACGCCAAUACGUUGAAAGUGGCCGAGCAUGCGCCGCGGUAACGUUUGUUGCGUGAAAAGCAAAACAUAUAGCGACAUAAAAAUGGCAUACGCAAAUAACAUAACUAUAUUGACGAAAAAAGAGGGACGUCGAUUACACUGCAUGUGUGGUUUACAUACUAUUUACUUUUUAUGAUUUUUUCCUUUAUUAUUAUUAUUAUUAUUCACGGUUUACUUAUACACACAUUUAUUAGCUAAGUUCAUCCAGGUACAAAAAGUACGCCUGCUUUUUUUAUUCAUUUAAUACUUUUUUCUUUUACCUAACAAAUAUUUUUGUAUGUUAGUAGUCAGUUGUUAUUUAAAGACUAUAACCUCCAAUCAAAUGAAAAGUGUUAUAAAGCUUUAAUUUGAUUAAAAAAAUCAUCAGCAGUUAUUGAGCAUUUUAUGAAGGCUGUGCGAUUAAACGUUAGUUUAAUUUACUAAUGUAAUUAUAUCAAUUUUAAAAUUUUUAUUUUUAAAAUAAUUGUGGUUUAUUUUAAUGUUGUUAAAAAAUAGAAAAACAAAGCAGCUGUAGAGCAACAAAGAAGAUUUUUUGAAAUUGCUUCUUUGACAGUUUAACAAUGAGUUUUGACUACCACUUGGUGAGCAAUUAAAAUUGUUGUAAAAAGCAAGCUUGCAUAUAAUGAUUUGGUAAAUGCAGUAGGUAUAACCAUUAACAAUGCCAUGUGACAGUAACCUUGGAUCAACUUUUAUAAGAUUGUAUAUAGCAGUAGUUUAAUCGCACGGUUUGCAGCAAAAAUUGUAAUAAAAGCAUACAAUUUAGCACAAAUUAUCUAGUUGGAAGUUAACGCUAAGCCCAUCGUCUACGUCUGUAACAUAUUUUGACAUAGACAUUGCAUUAUUUUAUUAAAAUAUAUUAUUUCAAUUAUAAAUAUACAUAACGCUAGUAUAAAAAGGGACUAUAAAAUUAUUUUAAGAAAUUGUAAUUGUAAUUGUAAUGAUCAGUCAUACAAUUUGGACAAAUUAAUUACAUUUACAGAACUCUUAUAAUAUUACUAUGGAUUUGAGUUUAAUUUCAUAUGUUUAAUCAUUGAUUUGCAUUUCAUGUCCAAACUAAAGAGAAACUGCUUUUUUAAUUAUUUCAAUUUCAACCUAAAACCAAAAUAAAAACAUUUCUAAUGUAACUAGUUAUUUUAAUGUUUAAACUUAAAAAACUAAUUGACUAAUCAAAUAUUACCUUAAAUUUAUUUAUAAAAUACAUACGCAAGCAUUUGAAAUCAUUAUUAUGUCCCUUAGCAGGUUAUAUAGUGCGCCAUUUACUUGUGUUAGUUCUGUUAGUUUUACAUAACACAAGUUGCCCGUUGUUAUGUCAGUCAAAGUGUUAAACGAACAUUUAAAAAUUAAUAAAUACAUAAUAAGCCUCUUAGUACCUCCAUUCAUUAUGUGUUGCCAUUGACAUUAAAUUAAAUUUAACAUUAAUUAUUGAUAACAGUCACAUUGAGUACAUCACAAACAUACAAACAACUUUUUUUUUAUUAUACUUUGUAAAUAUUUACUAUAUUUUUUUACGCAAAAAAUAUACAAACAUCGUCGGUCUUAACUUAAAUGAAAUAUACAGCUGUCACAAUAUUUUUUUAACAACAAUUAUGUAACCAAUAUCUAACAAGCGAAUUCAGAUAUUUUAAAUGAAGAAAUUCACAUUUCUAAAAAAAUUGUAAAUGUAAGCAUGAAUUAAUUAGUUACAGUGAAUGAAUGAAAACUAAAACACAAUGCGAAAUCAAAUUAUGUAACACAAUUCAAUAUUGGGUGUUAAAGAGCGCGUGUAAAGUGGAAUGAAUUAAAAAUUUCAUACUGUAUGAUUUUUCUAAGUGAAAGAUAUUGAACACCUAGUACAUAAGCAAAUAGUUUUAAUACAUACAUAACAUACUUUUAUUAAUUAUUAGCUAGUUAAAAAAAAAAACAAUAAAAUCAAAGAUUUGUUAAGUGGAAAAUAA